AUGAAGCUCGAAAAGAUCGGCCUAAUUUGUGUCCUCGUUGCGGUGGUGGCGUUCACGGGACCGCGUGGAGUCGCCGGUUCGUGUUUGAUGAUCAACACGAGAACUCCGAAGGUGUAUUUGUACCAUUGUUUUAUGUCGAAUAAUUAUUUGGCCGAUAUCGAGAGUGCACCGAUCGACAUUCCACGUGUUAAAUUCGACACCGCUCAAAUACAAGUGAUACGCAACAGAUCGUUCGCUCGAUUGAGCAGCGGUCUCGAGAGUCUUCAAAUUACCUAUUCCGAAAUUGGAACAAUUGAGAACAGCGCUUUCGAGGGUCUUCUAAAGCUAAAAAUACUGGAGAUUACGCACUGCAAUUUACAGACAUUGAAAGGUGCUUGGUUCAAAGGACUUCCGAGUCUGAAGAUAGUUUCCUUCGGCAACAAUGACAUAAAGCGUAUAGAAAACAGCUUUUUUUCCAUCGUACCGUCACUCGACGUCUUCGACAUAUCGUGGAACGACUUGAACUGCAUUCACACAGGAUCGCUCACGCCUUUCAGGACGAAGAAAUUCUUCUUCCGUUUAAAUUCACUAACCUGGGAAUGCAUGUACGCUCUCAUGGACUGGGUGGAAAAAAAGGGGAUCGAACAAUCCGAUUUUGGGAAGGGCGACUUCGACCCUUCUUCCGAAGUAUUGAUGGAAUGCGAAGAUGAAUUGCGACAAAGUUAUGACCAGCUAAACGGCGAAAACAUGAAAAGGUGCGCCAUUAAUACUCUGAACAGUCUCAUACCACCGCAAGGAGAACACACGGUCAGCCAAAUUUACCAAUUUAUGAAGGAGAGGCCCUCUCCACUCAUGGCCCCUUUCCAUUAA